AUGCCGGAACCUGCGAAAUAUCACCCGCGUGAUGCGCCUUCGCGCGACAAGGUGCUUGGCAUUACGCAGCGCGCUACUCCAAUUGCCUUCUCUUGGGCUGGUGAAAUGAGAGUCCGAUUUUCAGAUUUUCAGGUCAAUGAAAUCGGAUUGGAUGGAAAGGUGGUUCAUCUAAGGACUGUCGGACUUACGGAGGAGCAAAAGCAAGCUGAGGGUGUUACGGGCAGGGAAGACACUGAGGUCAAGCCUGCAGAGGCAGAGACCGCGCCAGCGCAGGAGAUCGAAAAGCCAAAACCGCCCGUCGAGGCGAUAGAGGUGGCGCCAGAAGAUUUCGCAAUUCUGACAGGUCUGGCUGGAAAUGCGUUUGCUCAAGAGCUCGUGGACAUCUUCCGCGAGGCGCAAACUGCUGACCCGGAGCAGCGCGUAAAGCCCAUCACGUCGGCGCCCAUCGACGACAAGUGGACGCGCGGCCAAAUACACCAGGAGGUGCGCCGCAUCUUCCAAUCGAGAAUCGAUACCACCACAGACGGCAGCGGCGGCAUCGUGGCAACGGCGAUCCGCGAUCGGCCGAGGGGCAAGAAGCGUAACAGAGCUGGUAACGGCACCCAGCAGCGCGACGGCAACCGCGAGCGCAAGGAUAACAACCGCCCCGCCGCCGAGUAUCUGCACUUCACGCUGUACAAGGACAACCGCGACACCAUGGACGCCGUGACGCAGAUUGCGCGCAUGAUCCGGUCCAAGCCGCAGUCGAUCGGCUACGCUGGCACCAAGGAUCGGCGCGCGUCGACGGCGCAGCGCUGCUCCAUCCGCUACACGCACCAGCGCAGCCUUGCCGGCCUCAACGGCAACCUAUGGGGUAUAUCGACCGGCGACUACGAGUACCGCGACGAGGGCAUCCACCUCGGCCAACUGCUCGGCAAUGAGUUCGUCAUCACGCUAAAGAACUGCAAGGUCGUGGACGAUGCCGGUGGCGACUCACAGAAGUCCGUCGCGGAGCGGCUGACCCUUUUGAGGAGUAACGUCGGAGCUGCCCUAGAGCACAUGGCCGCACAGGGCUGGAUCAACUACUUUGGCCACCAGCGCUUCGGCACGCACCACAUCGGCACACACGAGAUUGGCAAGCUCAUCCUCGGAGACCGCUACGAGGACGCCGUCAACGCACUCCUCACCUACGACUCCGAGCUGGCUGCCAAGUACGAGGCGGUCGCGGAUGAGCAGGCUGGCGGCAAUAAGACCAACAUGGAGGAGCUCGCGCGCCACCACGCGUGCAUGCUCUUCCGCACCGGCAAGGACCCCUCUCGGGCGGCCAGCAUGAUGCCGCGCCGCUUCGCCGCCGAGGUUUGCGUGACGCGACACCUCACGCGCGGGGGCGCCUCGUCCAUGCGCGACUACGUCGGCUCGCUGACGCACAUCACGCGCGGGCUGCGCUCCAUGUACAUGCAUGCGUACCAGUCGCACGUCUGGAACCACGCGGCGAGCAUACGCUGGGAGCGCUACGGCGCCAAGGUGAUUGCCGGCGACCUCGUCAUCGCCGACGACGUGUCCGCGCCGCUCUUUGGUGGCAAGGACCAGGACGGCGACGACAUCAUCAACCCCGUCAACGACGACGACGACAGCAGCGCGCCCGUGCGCGCCCGGCCGCUCACCGAGGAGGAGGCCGCCAGCGGGCGCUACACCAUCUAUGAUGUUGUCCUGCCCACACCCGGCUACCAGGUCGCGUACCCAGACAACGACGUUGGCGCCUUCUACGACGCCUUCAUGAGCCGCCCGGAGAACGGCGCGCUCGACCCGCGCAAGAUGAUGCGCAUGCGGCGCGAGUUCAGCCUCCCAGGGCGGUACCGCAAGCUCAUGCAGCGCUUUCUAGCGACCCCAAGCAUCGAGUUCCGCACUUAUGCUGAUGAGAAGGAGCAGAUGCACCCGACGGAUCUGGAUGUCAUCAAGGCUACGGCGGUGGCGGCAGCGGAUGGCGUGGAGCCAGCGGCGAAGAAGAAUAAAGUCGGGGGGGGUGGGGGAGAUGACGCUGUCGUAAAUGGGGAGAGCGAAGCAGGUGUAACGAAAACGGCAGCGGCAGUGGCAGAAAAGAUUGCGGCGAUUGUCAAGUUCCAGCUGGGACGCAGCGCGUACGCCACCGUGGCGCUUAGAGAACUGAUGGGGGAUAUGCAAGAGGAGUAG